AUGAAUGCAGGAAAAGACACUUGCAAAUUGUUGAACCUACCAUACGAGUUAAAAGAGCAUAUUUGCCUCUACUCCUUCUCCAACCCCGACAACGAGGGCUCGACAUGGAUCAAGUGGCCCAAGGAGCCCGCCCUCCUUCAGGCCUCGAGAUCCACACGCCACGAAACAUUACCGCUCUUCUACCAGCACUUCCCUCUGCGAGUGCUGACAUACGUCAAGUGCGACUCGUUCAAUAACAUCUGGCUGACCACCAAGAAGUGGUAUCACCAGCUGCCCGCAUACAAGAUCAGACAUAUACGACUGCUGGAGCUCCGAUUUGCGUUUCUGGAACGAUACUUUGGAGAACCCGUCGAGAUCAACUUCUUCAUCGCACGGAGCAGACAUGGGCAGUACACGAUUCACCACUCAUUUGGAGCGGGCUGGUACUCAGACGCCAAUCGUAAAGGCGACCCAGCUGACUGCGAGGAAGUACUCCUCAUACUGAGAGGACAUUUGGAGACGACUUUGACUACUCUGCUAGCUAGUCCUGGAGUUGAAGGCUUGACUGCAGACGGUAUUGAUCGCUUGGUGGCCAUCGACCCGGACAUUUUCCCAUGA